GAAGCAGUAUUGACUCUGUUUGUGGUAAGUGAUGAUGGAUGUAUGUUUUCUUUCCUCAGUUCUAUAGUGGGGCUCCUCUUCUCUUCAACACUUCACUUUCCACUUCCCUCUCUUAAAAUAUUCUUUCAUUUUCACCUUUCUCAUUAUUAAUUCCAUUGCAUAUUUCAAUGUCAAUAUUUAUCCUAUAUGCAUUUAUGACUACCUUUAUUAAGUCGGUUUACUUCUUCAACACUCUUCUUCUUCUCUCUUACUUACCCUUAUGAUGAAAAAAAAUAGACUCUGAAUUUGUAUUCAUUGAUUUUGCUUCUAACAAAAAGACAAAAGUUGUGUGUGUGUGUGUGUCAUUAUUAAUUGUGAAUUUAUUGUUGUUCUCAUGAGUUGGUGAAGUGUGAAAGUGAAAAAUGGGUAAAGCACCUUGUUGUGAGAAACAUGGUGUUAGAAGAGGAGCUUGGACUCCUGAAGAAGACCAAGCUUUAGUUGACUACAUCAACAAACAUGGCCAUGGAAAUUGGCGUACACUCCCUAAUCAUGCAGGUCUCCUACGAUGUGGUAAAAGUUGCCGACUUCGGUGGAUAAACUAUCUUCGUCCUGGCAUCAAGCGUGGCCCAUUUACUAAUGAAGAAGAAACAACUAUUAUUCAACUUCAUGCCUUGCUUGGCAACAGGUGGGCUGCUAUAGCAUCCCAACUACAAGGAAGAACAGACAACGAGAUUAAGAACUAUUGGAACACUCAUCUAAAGAAGCGAGUCCUUCAAUCGCCAGGGGAAAAAAAUUCAUGUCUCAUUCCUGAUAAGAAUGUUCAGUCUAAUUCUCCGUCUACACGCCACAUGGUACAGUGGGAGAGUGCGAGGGUUGAGGCGGAGACAAGGUUGUCAAUGGAAUCCACAUUGCUUAAUUCAGACUCCACGACAAAAACAAGCCCGGAUUACUUUCUUCAACUUUGGCAUUCUGAGGUUGGAGAGGCGUUUCGCAAAAUCAAAGGAAAGGAAGAAGCAUCGUCAUCUUCACUAUCAUCAUCAAAAUUGGAGGAGUCAUGUUCAAAUGUCUCAUUGCAGGUGAAAAGCACCGGAACACAAAGCUUGAAAGUGUCAACACCAAAGCAUGAAGAUGUCAACACAACUCAGGAACAAAAAGCAAGUAGCUACAAACCAAAGCUUGAAGAUGAUAGAGCUGGUUCAGAUUCAGGCAACUAUGAAUUUCUUGAUACUUCUGAUUCUGCACUAAAGCACCUGUUACACAUGCCUGAUGAUGAUAUAGGAUUCUUGGGACAAACUGACAAUUUCUUGAAUCUCCUUGAUGGUAGAUGCGACUAAGAUAAGCAAAUACUCUUAUAUAUAUGAUUAGAAUAGUUAAUUUUGUUUGCCUUUAUGAUAUCUUCAUUUUUGUAAAUGCAGUCACUAGGCAAAUGCUCAAAUGUCAUGGAUUUGGAUUAGACGUAACGUAACUGAUUUUGGUUGUUCGAUCUGAAAUUAAUGGCAAAGAUAAUUUUGUGAAGGUGUAAUAUGAGCCAACCGAUUUCAAU